AUGAACUCGGACUCGGGGCGUCCCCCAGUCCCCCUGUGGCUGCUGGCGUCGCCUUUCGGGCUAUCUUUCGUCGCACUCAUGUUCAAGUCCCCCAUUGCCCGCAAGGCGAUGUUCCUCCCAAUCGUAGGCGCCGUUAUCCGCAUCACGGCCAUCGGGCUGUCACCGGGGGACUACGCCACGGCGUGCGCGCUCGCACUUCAGGUCUUCAAGAUGUGCGACUUCUUGGUGCUGACCGACGCGCAUCUUGAGCUGCGGCUGGUGGGUCAGACCGCCCCCAGCGCAGGCUCUUUGCCCCUGUUCGAACGUGCCAAAUGGGUGAUGCGGCUCCUCGCGAGCCCUCGUCUCAUCGGGUGGACAAGCGAACCCAAGAACGGCAGCAUACCUCCACGGCCAACGGAGACGUCGAGGAUUCGCUUUGCCAUUAAGCAAAUCAUGUACCUCGCCCUGCACCUCCUUACCGUGAAUAUACUGGGUAUCACGCUGAGGCUGAGUCCCGGGUUUUCGCAACAUGGACCUGGGUUGGCGGGGAGCGGAUGGGGGCGGCGGUCGGUAGAUGCACUUCAGUACUACGGGGUGGUGUGGACAUGGCUAACGAUUUCUCACCGUGUUUGGGUGUUGAUGCUGUUGAGUACGGGGAGGUGGAUGCCCUCUGACUUUCCACCGAUGUUUGCAUCUCUGGGAAACGCGUAUACGUUGCGUAGAUUCUGGGGGCAAACACACCAACAAAUGCUCCGCAGAGCGACCACAUCUCAUGGAAGCUUCGUUUCUGAUAAACUUCUCCGUCUUCCUCGUCACGGAAGGUUAUCCCGCUGCAUCCAACUCUACGUCGCCUUCUUCAUAUCAGGCGCCGUUCAUCACUGGGGCGACUACAUGAUAAUGCCGUUGAACGGACCCGGUUUGCGAGCGAGCGGGAGCAUGCAGUUCUUCCUCUUGCAAGCCGUAGCGAUACAUUGCGAAGACAUCAUGAUCUCCGCUGGAAGGAGAAUGGGGUGGAGCUUUGACCUCAAACCGACUUGGAGGAGAACGGCAUCGAGGAUCGUAGGGUGUGUAUACGUAUGGCAGUGGUUCACGUGGUGCCUCCCUAUCGGCAUGGACCCGCUGGUACGCUUCGGGAUGAUUGAGAACGGGGUGCAGGUACAGAUAAUUCAGGAAGCGUGUAAGUUCUUCGGGAAAGGAUGCCAUUUCUCUACCUAG